AUGACGAUCACAAUUGAUCAGACCCAAAUCGGUGAGGGGGUUUCUUCAUCAGCUCAGGCCGUGUUCUUCUGCUGUGUUCUGCUCUGCUCUGUUCUGUUCUGUUCUGAAGAGUUUUCUCUGCAGCUCACGAGGAGGAGAAGAAGAUGGCCCCCGUGGAGGCGGGGGAGCUGGUGCUGGACGGGGGAUUCGCAGUGCCGGUGACCAACUCCUUCGGGCAGACAUUCAGGGACUACGAUGGCGAGUCGCAAAGGAAGGCAUCGGUGGAGGAGUUCUACCGGCUGAACCACACUCACCAGACCUUCGACUUUGUGGGCACCACUCAUCAGACCCUUUCUUUUGCUUCUUUCUUCUUUUCCUUCUCCCCCACUCUCCUUCUUGCCUGAUCUGAUCUGAUCUGAUCUGAACUGCACUGUCUCGUCGGGCAGGUGAAGAGGAUGAGGGAGGAGUACGGGAAGCUGGACCGGGUAGAGAUGAGCGUGUGGGAGUGCUGCGAGCUGCUGAACGAGUUCGUGGACGAGAGCGACCCGGACCUGGACGAGCCCCAGAUCGAGCACCUGCUGCAGACGGCGGAGGCCAUCCGCAAGGACUACCCCGACGAGGACUGGCUCCACCUCACCGGCCUCAUCCACGGUCAGUUAGAGAGAGAGAGAGAGAGAGAGAGAGGAAUUCAACCAUCCAUCCAUGGCCAGCCCUGUAAUUCAUCCAUAUCAUCUAUCCGACUGACCCAUCUCCUGCAAUCAGAUCUGGGGAAGGUCCUCCUCCACCCCUCCUUCGGGCAGCUCCCGCAGUGGGCCGUCGUCGGCGACACCUUCCCCGUCGGCUGCGCCUUCGACCAAUCCAACGUUCACUACAAGGUCUUCCUCCUCCUCCUCCUCUUCUUCUUCUUCUUCUUCUUCUUCUUCUUCUUCUUCUUCUUCUUCUUCUUCUUCUUCAUGAUAGCCUGACGAGCUGGCUUCUUGGUCUGAUCUUGGCCUCAGUACUUCAAAGAAAAUCCAGACAGCGCCAACCCGGAGUACAGCACGAAGCUCGGGGUGUACGCCGAGGGCUGCGGGCUCAACAACGUGAUGAUGUCGUGGGGCCACGACGACUACAUGUACUUGGUCGGUAUCCACCUCCAAAAAAAUGGGAGAUCAAUGGCAGAAUCUCCAUUUUCUGGAGUGUGCCCAGGGCUGACGAUGCUCUGCGUUCUGAAACUCAGGUUGCGAAGAAGAACAAGACGACCCUUCCUUCGGCUGGGCUGUUCAUCAUCCGCUACCACUCCUUCUACCGUGAGCCACACUCCAUCAACUUCGUCAGACCCCAGUUCAUAAUCUCCCCUUGUCCUCCGGCUAACACGAUUCAAAAAUCUCAGCCUUGCACAAGUCUGGAGCGUACUCCUUUCUGAUGAACGAGGAGGAUAAGGAGAACCUGAAAUGGCUGCACGUUUUCAAGUCAGUGGUCCUUUGAACGCGGCCUUCUUCCCCAAGUUCCCUUCUUCGCUCUCUAGCCUCUGACUGCCGCCUCUGUGGUUUCAGCAAGUACGAUCUCUACAGCAAGAGCAAGGUCAGGAUCGACGUCGAGAGUGUGAAGCCCUACUACCUGUCCCUCAUCGAGAAGGUGGGCGGGUUCUCAUUGAAUCAUUGACUGACUGUGAACGGCGCUCCUCUGAUUCUUUCAUUCCCUCGUCUGUAACCUGAAGUGGCUGUGUGAUUGUUCUCUCUUGCAGUACUUCCCUGCCAAGUUGAAGUGGUGA